UGACUGUAAACAUCCUGCCGAUUUUAAAAGGACAGCGCUGAGCGGGAGGAAGGCGACUGGCGCCAUCUUGGCUGUUUUAAUGAGUACAACAGGGGAGAAUUUGCUGGGAGAAAUAACAUAAUCAUUGGGGUUUCUGUCUAAAGGUGGAUACUGCCGGUAAACCUUACUGCAGUGUGAGUUUGUAAACCAGAGGAGUCAGGGCAAUGUUCUACGCCCACUUUGUCCUUAGCAAACGUGGGCCGCUGGCCAAGAUCUGGCUAGCGGCCCACUGGGACAAAAAGCUGACCAAGGCCCAUGUGUUUGAAUGCAACCUAGAGAGCAGUGUGGAGAGCAUCAUCUCACCCAAGGUAAAGAUGGCAUUGCGAACGUCUGGUCACCUUCUCCUUGGAGUGGUGAGAAUCUACCACAGGAAGGCCAAAUACCUGCUUGCUGACUGUAAUGAAGCCUUCAUCAAAAUCAAAAUGGCUUUUAGGCCAGGUGUGGUUGAUCUACCUGAAGAAAACAGAGAGGCAGCCUAUAAUGCCAUCACCUUGCCUGAGGAAUUUCAUGACUUUGAUCAGCCACUUCCUGAUCUGGAUGACAUAGAUGUGGCCCAGCAGUUUACACUGAACCAGAGUAGAGUAGAAGAGAUCACCAUGAGAGAAGAUGUUGGCAAUCUUAAUCUACUGCAGGACAAUGAUUUUGCUGACUUUGGUAUGGAUGACCGGGAGAUGAUGCGAGAUGCCAGCACAUUUGAGGAAGACAUCAUGCAAGGUGCCACAGCAUCCAACCUUUUGCUAGAGGCUGAGCCUGGCCCAGCUAACCUCCCAGACAAAUCCAACCACAUGGAUUAUGAUGACUUUGGGGAUGCCUCCAUGGUCAACAAUGAUGGGGGAAUGUUGGUUGAUAAGCUGCUGAGCUCUGAGGAUGGAGGUGGUAUUUUUGAUGAUCCCCCAGCCAUAACAGAAAGUGUUAUGAUGCCACCAGAUCAUGGCGAUGAUGAAGACGACUUUGAUAACCUCCAGUCACCGGGACCAGACAGUCCCGAUUCUGGCCCAGCUGAGCCACUUCCAGCAAUGGCUGACCAAGAUGUUCAGACAACCCUGGUUCCCAAUGAGGAGGAAGCUUUUGCGCUGGAGCCUAUUGACAUCACAGUGAAAGAAACAAAGGCGAAGCGCAAGAGGAAGCUGAUUGUAGACAGCGUGAAGGAGCUGGACAGCAAGACCAUCAGAGCUCAGCUGUCUGACUACUCAGACAUUGUGACCACCCUGGACCUUGCCCCUCCUACUAAGAAGCUUAUGAUGUGGAAGGAGACUGGAGGAGUGGAGAAGCUCUUCUCUCUGCCUGCUCAGCCUCUCUGGAAUGCCAGGUUGCUUAAGAUGUUCACGCGUUGCCUGACACCUCUGGUGCCAGAUGAACUGAGGAAGAGGAGAAAGGGUGGAGAAGCAGACAGCCUGGAUGAGUUCCUCAAAGAGUUGGAGAACCCAGAGGUGCCUAGAGAGGAAGUCAUGGGUCAACACAGAGAUGUUAUUGACCAAACUAUCAUGGAGGAGCCCAGCAUGCUGGCAGCUUCCACAAUGGAAGGUAGCAGGACAAUGCUUGAUGAGACGGUCAUGCCCCCUCCCUCAACCCCUCGUGGCGUCAAACGCAAGACCAUCGACAAAGAAGUACCUCUGCCUAUGGUUCCCUUAGAGCAGCAGCAACAGGUGGCUGACCAUUCAGUCCUGUCACAGAGGUUAGAUAUGCCUCAGGUGGAUUUGCCUCCAGAGGAGAGCAGUAUCAACCUCACCCAGCUCGUACCUGAGCUUGACCUUCUUGGUGAAAAGAGCAAGGACAAGAAGGAUGAAAGUGAUGAAGAAGAGGAAGAAGAAGGUCAGGGUGGAGACCAGGAUCAAGAGGAGAAGAGAUGGAACAAGAGAACCCAACAGAUGUUACACGGCCUCCAGCGUGUCAUGGCCAAAACUGGCGCUGAUUCAGUCAGCCUGCUUGAUUUGUGCCGGAACAACAACAAAAAGCAAGCGGCCGCCAAGUUUUACAGUUUCCUGGUCCUUAAAAAGCAGCAAGCCAUUGAAGUCACCCAGUCUGAGCCCUACAGUGACAUCGUUGCUACUGCUGGACCAAGAUUCCACCUUAUUUAGAUAGUGGAAGAACAGACAAACACUCAGACAUACAGACAUACUUUUUUGUUUUAUUAUUUUUUUUAUUGCAUAACUUUUUGCCUUUUUAUUUUGUGUUUCUCUGUAAGCCCUUAUUGGGGAGGGAGGGGAGGAAAUAGUGGGGAAUGGGUAUGAAUCUUUUAAAUGGAGGAUUUUACUGUAAUAAAGUGAAUCUCGCAGUAUUCAUUUGGUUCAAAUGGCGUGAGGAAGAAUGUUUUAACAAUAUUUAUAAAGCAACGUUUUUUUUCAGCCAUCAGUUUGUAAGCUUUGCUUCAUUAUGUUUUUAACUUAAAUUUCUACUGUUUGCCCAUUCCAUAAGUUUUAUACCAUUGCCCCCCUCACACCUGAAAUCUUGCAAAUUCACAUUAAAAUUUGUAUUGCAGCUGUACAUGUUCUAGAAAGGUACUGUUUUAUUGUUCAGAAGUAUAAUCUUCCACCAUGUCAUUGUUGCACUUGCUCUGUCAUCAUAAACAAAAAGGAGGAUCUGUCAUAAAAUUGGUUCUUACCUGGCAUUUAAUAUCAAGUUUCAGAUGUAUAAUUCAAGCAGUUUCUUUUUUACCUUUUUACGUUCAUACUUAUCCCCCUUUCUUGCAUUAUGUAACUAGGUAAUGUACUUGUUACAGUUAAUUUCAGUAUCUCACCUUUUUAGUCUUUGGGUAACUUCUAGUUGUGAUACAUCUGUAAAGAUUUGAAAUAAAGUGUUUUAAGUACUUGAUAA